GGCGGGCGCAGCCUGUCGGCCACCGUCCGCGAUCCGAGCCGGACGUGACGUCACACGCACUUCCGCCGUCGUCGGGGGCUGCGCGGGCGCUGUGGCUCCGGGACUGCGGGCUGGCUCCCGGAGCUGUGGAGGCUGCCUGGAAGCUGGAGUUUAAAUUUUAUGAAUAGCUGCCCUCUUACCUAUAGGAGAACAUAUUGUGAUGUUGGUGCCUCAGAGCUAAAACUAUGAGUGAAUUUCGGAUUCACCAUGACGUCAAUGAACUGCUUAGCCUGCUGCGUGUCCACGGAGGAGAUGGGGCUGAGGUCUACAUUGACCUGCUUCAAAAGAACAGGACCCCGUACGUCACUACCACUGUCUCUGCUCACAGUGCCAAGGUUAAAAUUGCAGAGUUUUCUCGUACUCCGGAAGACUUUCUAAAGAAAUAUGAUGAACUGAAAUCUAAAAAUACAAGGAACCUUGACCCGCUGGUAUACCUGUUGUCAAAGCUCACGGAAGACAAAGAGACUCUGCAGUACUUACAACAGAAUGCAAAAGAAAGAGCUGAGCUUGCAGCUGCUGCUGUGGGCAGUAGUACCACCAGCGUCAACGUCCCUGCUGCGGCCUCCAAGAUCUCCAUGCAGGAGCUUGAGGAGCUGAGGAAGCAGCUUGGCAGCGUGGCCACAGGCUCCACUCUGCAGCAGUCUCUGGAACUUAAAAGAAAGAUGCUUCGAGACAAGCAGAACAAAAAAAAUUCAGGCCAGCACCUCCCCAUCUUCCCAGCGUGGGUGUAUGAGAGACCUGCCCUGAUCGGGGAUUUCCUGAUUGGUGCUGGCAUCAGCACAGACACCGCUUUGCCGAUAGGCACGCUGCCCCUGGCCUCGCAGGAGUCGGCCGUGGUGGAGGACCUGCUGUACGUGCUGGUGGGCGUGGACGGGAGGUACGUCACUGCUCAGCCCCUGGCUGGGAGGCAGAGCCGGACCUUCCUCGUGGACCCCAACCUGGACCUGUCCAUCAGGGAGCUGGUGAACAGGAUCCUCCCGGUGGCUGCCAGCUACUCCACUGUGACCAGGUUCAUUGAAGAGAAGUCUUCUUUCGAGUACGGGCAGGUGAACCACGCCCUGGCGGCUGCCAUGCGUACCCUGGUGAAGGAGCACCUGAUUCUGGUGUCACAGCUGGAGCAGCUGCACAGGCAGGGCCUCCUUUCGCUGCAGAAGCUCUGGUUCUACAUCCAACCGGCCAUGCGCACCAUGGACAUCCUGGCCUCCCUCGCCACCUCGGUGGACAAAGGCGAGUGUCUUGGGGGGUCCACGCUGAGCCUGCUCCACGACAGGAGCUUCAGCUACACAGGGGACAGCCAGGCGCAGGAGCUAUGCCUGUAUCUGACCAAGGCGGCCAGCGCUCCCUACUUCGAGGUUCUGGAGAAGUGGAUCUACAGGGGCAUCAUCCACGACCCGUACAGUGAGUUUAUGGUCGAGGAGCACGAGCUGCGGAAGGAGAGGAUCCAGGAGGAUUACAACGACAAGUACUGGGACCAGCGGUACACCAUCGUCCAGCAGCAGAUCCCGUCCUUCCUGCAGAAAAUGGCGGACAAGAUCCUCAGCACAGGAAAAUAUCUAAAUGUGGUCAGAGAGUGUGGCCAUGACGUCACCUGCCCGGUGGCUAAAGAGAUCAUCUACACGUUAAAAGAGCGGGCGUAUGUGGAGCAGAUCGAGAAGGCGUUUAACUAUGCCAGCAAGGUGCUGCUGGACUUCCUGAUGGAGGAAAAGGAGCUGGUGGCUCACCUCAGGUCCAUCAAGCGCUACUUCCUCAUGGACCAGGGCGACUUCUUCGUGCACUUCAUGGACCUCGCGGAGGAGGAGCUCCGGAAGCCGGUGGAGGACAUCACGCCCCCCCGCCUGGAGGCGCUCCUGGAGCUGGCGCUGCGCAUGAGCACGGCCAACACUGACCCCUUCAAGGACGACCUCAAGAUCGACCUGAUGCCCCAUGACCUCAUCACUCAGCUCUUGCGCGUUCUGGCCAUCGAGACCAAGCAGGAGAAGGCGAUGGCCCACGCCGACCCCACGGAGCUGACGCUGAGUGGCCUGGAGGCCUUCUCUUUCGACUACAUCGUCAAGUGGCCCCUUUCGCUUAUCAUCAACAGGAAAGCCCUCACUCGUUACCAGAUGCUCUUCAGGCACAUGUUCUACUGCAAGCAUGUGGAGCGGCAGCUCUGCAGCGUCUGGAUCAGCAACAAAACCGCCAAGCAGCACUCGCUGCCCUCCGCCCAGUGGUUUGCUGGGGCUUUCACUCUGCGGCAGCGAAUGCUCAACUUCGUCCAGAAUAUUCAAUACUACAUGAUGUUCGAAGUGAUGGAACCGACCUGGCACAUCCUGGAGAAAAACCUGAAAUCCGCCUCCAACAUUGACGACGUCCUUGGCUACCACACGGGCUUCCUGGACACCUGCCUGAAGGACUGCAUGCUCACCAACCCCGAGCUGCUGAAGGUCUUCUCCAAGCUCAUGUCCGUGUGCGUCAUGUUCACCAACUGCAUGCAGAAAUUUACACAGAGCAUGAAAUUAGACGGUGAGCUGGGCGGGCAGACGCUGGAGCAUGGCACCGUCCCGGGGCUGCCCGCAGGGGCCGAGGACCGGGCCCGGAAGGAGCUCGCCAGGAAGCACCUGGCUGAGCACGCGGACGCUGCGCAGCUGGUGUCUGGCUUCGAGGCCACCAUCAACAAGUUUGACAAGAACUUCUCAGCCCACCUGCUGGACCUCCUGGCGCGGCUGAGCAUCUAUAGCACCAGUGACUGUGAGCACGGCAUGGCCAGCGUCAUCUCCAGGCUUGACUUCAAUGGUUUCUACACGGAGCGCCUGGAGCGCCUGUCUGCGGAGAGGAGCCAGAAGGCCGCCCCCCAAGUGCCUGUCCUGCGGGGGCCCCCGGCUCCUGCACCCAGGGUCGCAGUCACCGCACAGUGAGCCCUGGCUGCGACAGGAAGUAAGGGUGUGGGGUCAGCAGGGACUGGUGCAAAUGGGUCCAGAAUUUUCAAAUCGAAUGCUCUGUGUUCUGUCUUUGCAGUUUAAAUAUAAAGCAGGAAUGAC